UGAAUAAAUCAUGUGCGGUCUGUAAACCGAUGACAGGUAAAUAAACGCCUGUAAAUGUACAUAAAUUAGUGUUUAGUUCGCAUGUGAGUGUGAAAAAUGUUCGUUUUCCUAUUCCUACCGGUGCUACUGAUGGCGGGCGUGGUUAGGCUGUUCACGCCGCCGAAACGUAAAUCCCUCAAAGACAGGCAUGUUGUCAUAACCGGCGGCUCCAGCGGAAUCGGCAAGUCGGUGGCCGUGUUGGCCGCCAAAGAAGGGGCGCACGUAACCAUAAUCGCCAGGAACAUCGAAAAGCUGGACGAAGCCUACGAAGAAGUGAAAAAGGCGUGUAUCAGCAAUGACCAAAUCAUAGCAAAAGUUUCCGUCGACGUUUCCAAUUAUGAGGCGGUGGAAAAUAAUCUGUGCGAAGUCGAGGAGACGGUCGGACCCAUUUACAUGCUCGUCAACUGCGCCGGAAUGGCCAUAUGUGGGGUCCUGGAAGAUUUUUCACCUGCUGACAUUAAACAACUUAUCAAUGUUAACUAUUUGGGUACAUUGUACCCCAUCAAGGCUAUCAUCCCCAAGUUUAAGGCAAGAGAGGAGGGCAUAAUUGUGUUGACGGCCUCGCAAGUGGCCCUAAUGGGCAUGUAUGGGUACUCUGUGUAUUCAUCAGUUAAAUUUGCACUCCGUGGACUAGCUGAGUCUCUACAAAUGGAGGUAAAACCUUAUGGGAUCAAUGUUACACUUGCUCUGCCUCCAGAUACAGAUACACCUGGCUUUGAAAACGAAAAUAAGACAAAACCUACUGAAACCAAAUUAAUAUCAGCUGCAGGAGGUUUGUUCAAACCUGAGGUUGUUGCUAAAAAGUUAUUGGAUGAUGCAUUGACUGGACAGUUCUUCAGUUAUAUUGGACUGGAGAGUUUUAUUCUGACUACACUGUGUGUUGGUAUGAGCCCCAUAACUAAUUUCUUUGAUAUUGUUGUACAAGUCAUGAUUUUGGGACCACUUCGCGCUAUUUCUUGUUUUUACAUCAAGUCUUUUGAUAAAAUUGUACUGAAGUGUCACAAAGAAAAAUAUAGAACCAAGAAGUCUGACUAAUGUCAGUUUUUUGUGUUUAACUUUUCUAUAGAAUUUCUUUACAUAUUUUUAGAUUAAAUCAACAUUAAUUGUCUUAACAGUAGUCAAGAGUAGAACGAGUGAAAUUGAACAAAUUCACUGUAUAAAAACUUAUUCCUCCAACUCUAGUCUUUAUUUUUAUAUGCGCCUGGUUACAUUUUUAAAAUAGCAAUAGUAAACUCUUUCUUAAAUUAGUAAUAGCAAGUAUGACAUGUUAUUAAUCUUAAUUCUCUAAGCCUAGUCUUUAUUAUACACAGAGACUGACAAUGGAGUCAUUUAAUUGAUACAGUGUCAUCAGAAAUGAUUGACCAUGAAAACUGCAUGGUGUGAGAUUUCUUAACAAUAAGAUAUAACGUUGGUCAUGAUAAAUUUUAAUCGAACAAUCAUUUCUGAUCACACAAUUUAUACCGAAUUUUAAAUGUUAGUAGAGAAAUUAUUGUUACUAUCUUAAUGUUUUAAAAGUAUUUUAUUGAGAUAAAAUUUACAAUAAUGUUUUAAACGAAUGUUCUGAUCUAAUUAUGUUAUAGCUACCAGUUAGAUGAUAUUUUUGUUUUAAAUUGUUCAGGAACGGUUUAUUUUGAAUAUCUGAACAGUAUUAUGUGGCCAGUGUAACAACUUGGCUUUGUUUUUAUUGAAAAAAUUUUAAAAUAUGAAAACAUUAAUUGAGUGAUCAAAUUUUGUUACUUAAUCCGAAGCUUUGAAUUGUAAAAAUUGGCAAUACCUGUUUAACCAGUGUGAUAAUAUUAGUUAUAAACUCUAAUUUAUGUAAUUUCUCAUAAUUUUCAAGCACCCCAUCAUAAAUUCUGUGUCUAACCAGCCAGAUUUUAAAACAGGUUUAAAUCUCCAGAAAUCUAAUUGGAUGCAGAAUUUAUGAAAUUAUACAAUUAUAGAUAUUGACUGAAUUAUACAAGAUUAUUUAUAUAUUUUUUUCAACUAAUCAAUUUAAAAACAAUCUUGUAUAUAAGAUAAAAAACAAACAUCAUAUUGUUUUGACUGUAAUUCGCAUUUUGUUGCGGGAGUCUUGAAUCCAAAUGAUGUAUUUUACUGCUUGUUUGUAUUCUUGAAUAAUCCUGUAUGUAUUUAUUGUUUUAAAAAGUAUUGUUUUAACACUGAUUGUGUAUAAAUCUUCAAUUUUAAAUAUACAAAUUAUAUACUAAACCUGAGUACCUAUUAAA